CCGACACAAACAUUUCUCUGUUAUUUCAAUCGUCUUUGUUGUUGUACAAAUGUGACAACCUUUAAAUAACUCAGUCAUGCUUCCAUUGAAUCAUCUAAAUAGUAAUUGGUAUGACAGUAAUGAUUAUGCAUUGUGGUGCAAAAAUAGCGCGAAAAACAGUGACAUCCAGUCGAUCAAACAAGCUGUCUUUAUAGAAGUAUACGAAUUUUAUCAAUUAAAGAAAUUUAAAUUGUCAAACUUUCAAAAAGGCUCGGAUUAAGAUGUUUUUAAAAAAUCAAGCUGGUGAUGUAAAUUUACCACUUACACCGGAAGAAUUUAUUGGACCGAAUAAUGCGGCGUUUUGUAAAACUCUUGAGGACCCCAAUGUGUGGUCAACAAUUCCGUUGCUAAAUUAUACACCACUCCAUCAGCUUAAAGAUUGUUCUAUUGUAAGAUUUCGUGGCAUGAUACAGGAUAUGCUCGAUCCAGAGAUUUAUUUGCAAAGCUACGAAGUGAAGAAUUCGGAAGAUUCUAAAAAAUCUCGAAUACAACCAGGAAAAUAUCGAGAUUGUUUAGUGGUUGGAAGUGGCGAGGAAGUUAACUACUAUGCUGAGUCAAACGAGCAAGGUGAGCGGCGUGUACUGUUUGUCGUUUCUAUACCAGGUAUAAAUGAUUGGGCUAGAUGCUACGAAGAAAGUUUGAACAAAAACAAUAUACCGCAAACAAGUGAACUGCAAUCGCUGGAAGCAAGCUGCUCAAAGAAGAGGCCAGUAGCUGAAGAGGAAAUGGAUGUCGAAAGCACAGAGAAUUCUACAAUAAACAACACAGUUGACUCGUACAAGCGUCAAAGGGUGGAAGCAGAAGAAUCAUCUGCAAAUGUAGCUUCCAGUUCUAAGCAAGCACCGUGUUUAGGGGCUGAUUAUUUACUUAACUCCCCCAUACCGGAUAGACCAAGUAAAGCAUGUAUGGUAAAAGUUUAUACUGAUUUCGAAUCCUACACUCUAAAUACAUUAAUUGAUGUCGUUGGAUUUUUGUCUGUGGAUCCAUCAUUAGAUGCGUCUACGAUGGAAGUUGACUAUGAUAAUGCUAAUGAACUACAAGCUCAAAAUCCACCUCCAUCAUUGAUACCACGACUGCAUGCAAUUGCCGUUCUAAAACUACCACACGCUAACCCUUUACUGGAUAUACGUUUAGGAAGUGUGCAGGCAAAUGAAGAAUUGGAUAACAUGAGCAUAUUAUCUGUGCAAAAAGAUUUGAGGAUGCUUUUAACAUUGUGUCUCUUUAAUGAUGAUUUAGCUGCGGAAUAUUUACUAUCUCACCUAAUUUCUACGGUUUACAGUCGUUGUGAACUACAAAGUAUAGGAAAAUUUGCACUUAAUAUAUGUAAUUUACCUAAAGAUAUUGUGGCGGAUUACACAAAACAAUUAUAUGGAAUAUUGGAACAAAUUCUGCCUGUAAGCCAUUACUUGGCAAUGACUUUGGAUACUAUGAACAUAGCCACUUUUGUUCCAAAAAAAGAUUACGAAACCAAUAAAUUGGUAUCGGGACUCCUACAACUAGCUCCACACACACAUUUAGUGCUCGAUGAAACUUGUAUGCAACAGGGUAAACUGGAAACAAAUGGUGUCUUGGCUAUACAGAGUAUUGCUAAUCUCAUCAACAAUCAGCAAAUCAAAUGCAAUUUCCAGUAUUACGACAUUGAUUAUAAUGUCGAUAUUCCAGUGCUAAUAUUGAGCGAAGGUCGCAGUAUGCUGCCAAGUGAUAUAUCAUUGCCAUUGAAAACUGAUACCGAAUCCAGAGAUCUUAUAAAGGAAACUUUGAAAGCUGCCAACCAUUACCUCAGCCAAAACUCUCGACUAGAGCAGUUCCGUCGAUACCUAACAAAGGCAAAAACUUCAGCUUUUGCUUUGAAUCCAGAUGAUACAGAAAUGAUACAAAAUGAUUUUGUGGAAAUGCGUAAGAGCGACUCAGUCACAAGUGCAGAUGACCUACACUCUUUGCUAGUUUUGUCAAGACUUUUAGCCAUAGCUCGUGGUAAAGAGGUAUUGGAUAAGGAAUCAUGGGAAUUGGCUAAGGAAAUGGAAGUCAAAAGGCGCCACCGUCUGGCAGCAUUACCAAAAUCCAAUAUGAGGACAAGGCAACAGUAACUGGAAUUAAUUGUUAUGUAUACAUUUUCUGCGAAAUACAAAGCAUAAAGAUAUUUGCAUAACAUUAUUAAAACAGGUCUCGCGGAAAGAGUGCCCGAUUUUUUCGAUAAGGCAUAAAAAGGCAAUAAAAAUUCUUCAUUUCAUGCAUUGCGAAGCCUUAAGGCCAGUAAACAAUCACACUAUACAUAAGAAAUACUUUUGUAACAUAGAUUAAAAAAAAACUACUCAAUUCUAAAGAAUGAACAUUAAUGUGUAACAAACUUCUAACCCAUUUAAUUCUUAUCAAUUCCAGAAAAAAAAUAAACUUCAAUAAAAUAAGCUA